UAAAAACCACAAAAAUUGAUAAUCCCAAACCCUCAUGACCCAACCCACCUUGAACUACACCAAGAACGAAAUCGCUCGCUUCACCCUCGAAGAAUGCCUCGAUCUCUUCAAAACCCUCACUGACCCUGACUCCAAACCCACCAUCACAAGCAGGGACUUCGACCCCAAGAUGCCCCAGUCAGUCUUAAAGUGGAAGGCUGGGUUCUUAGGGAUCAGUGUUUUGGUUACUACGUACUUUAUGUGGACUAGUGGGAACAAGGAAGAAGGAAAGGAACAGAGUGUUUUAGAAAGUGUGGGCAAAGGAGUUGGGGCUUGUCUAUUCACGGUGCUUUGUAACAAAGUAAGUAUAUUUGAAGAUCCUGAAGAAAAAGAAAGAAAAACUGACUUAAUGCUAAGAGCGGUCAGAGAUAGACUAAAGACUUGUUUCAAUGAAUUAUAAACCUCAAAGUCGCUAAUGAAGAAUCCAAGGCCUCUAACCUACUCACUGCUGCUGACCUCUACCUUUCCCAAGAAGCUUUAAAAGAAAAUUUCAUGAAGACAAUAGAGGGGUUGGAGGAAAGAUUGAAGCUUAGAGAACAGAAAGAUGAGGAAGAAACCAAGAGGGUUGCACAAGUGGAGAGCGAAGUUACGAGAAUGAGGAGAGAGAGUGAAGAGUUGAAGAAAGAGGUUACCUCUCAUCUCCAGACCACAAGCUCAACCAUCAGAACUUAUUCUCAAAGAGGAAGAUAUCAGGAAGACCCACCUCAGAAUGAUUCUAACUUUCAUUUUCAGACUCAAAACCCUUAUUUUUAGAGAUCCAGUAACUGGUAAAGGUUAUGGUUUGACCAUCUACAUCUUUUAAGGUCUUUAUUCUCAGCACUAUUCAAUUUGGAAAUA